UUUUUUUCCUCUCCAAAUAUAAACAUUUCACUUGUUUGGAUGAUAUGUAUAUGUAAUAGGAAGAGACUAACUUGCUAUCAAAAUCUUGAGCAUUUUUAUCUUUGUUCUUUCUCUUAGCUGAAGCUAGAAAUUACUUCAGAAAUCCUUGGUCUAACUAUAACAUAUAAACGAAAGCCUCAACCAGGCAGACUCUAAUCUGAGAAUCGAAAUUUUCAGUCUUUUCUUCCUUAACAGUAAGCCGAGUGAGUGUGGGCGUUGACAGUCGGUCCUUGAGCUCUCCCUGGUCGGCCAGCCUGCGCAGGUGACUGAGCUAAACCACCUCCAGGGGCAGCAGAGCGAGCGGAGAGCCCUGGGCUUUCCAGAGGCGCCGCAGGCGCUUCCCUCUCCAGGAGCGCACUGUCAGCCGCGCUCCGCCAUCCUGCGCGAGCUGCGCCUCCAGCUCCGCAACGCUUCAACUGUUGUUACAACGCCAGCCCAACUCCAAGAGAGCGAAGCCAUGUUCCUUCUUCUGGUCCUUCUCACCCGACUUGGAGAGCUGCACGCAGAUCUCGGUCCUCCUAAAACAUUUCUGCAGACCACAGUUCCAGAGAAGUUCUCAUCAUUUGAUACAAAAGGAAAUCCAGAAAAUAAUAUUGCUUAUAUCAUUACAAUAAAAGGAAAGCCAUAUUUUGUCCAUCUCACAAAACAAUUAUUUUUAUAUUCAGUUUCUGUUGUUUACUUUUAUGACAACGAUGACAUCCAACAUUCUCAGCCUUUGUUAGCACAGGUGGAUUGCAGUUAUCAUGGAUAUGUUGCAGGUUUUCCACAUUCUCUUGUGUCACUCCAUACUUGUUCAGGACUCAGGGGAACAUUACAGCUUAAAAACAUCUCAUACGGAAUUGAACCAAUGGAGGCUGUAUCAGGAUUUGUGCACAUGAUUUAUGAAGAAAAAUAUGAUAUUGUUGUACCUCUUUUAGGAGAAACUAAGACUUACAGCUAUAAUAACAUGUAUUAUCAUAUCAGGAAAAGUUCAGAAAGAACUGAAUUUCUCAAGUUACAUCCUCAAUAUCUUGAAAUAUAUAUUGUUGUGGAUAAAAUUCUGUUUGAUUACAUGGGCUCUGAUGUAAAGGCUGUAACACGGAAGGUUAUCCAGAUAAUUGGUUUUGUUAACACCAUGUUUUCCCAGUUAAAACUGACUGUUGUAAUAUCUUCCAUAGAAAUAUGGUCAAAUAAAAACAAAAUUUCUACUACAGGGAAUCCUAACAAUAUAUUAUCUAGAUUUUUAGAAUGGAAAUACAAACAUAUCUUCCGACCUCAUCAGGUUGCAUACUUACUUGCCUUCAAGAAACAUCCUAGUUUUUUAGGAGCCACAUUUCCUGGAAAAAUAUGUAAUAAAAAUUUUGCAGUAGGAGUUGCUCUGUAUCCAGAGGGUUUAUCCUUGGAGUCAUACACUACCAGCAUCGUGCAGUUGCUUGGCUUUAAUCUGGGAUUGAGUUAUGAUGAUCCUGACACUUGUUAUUGUUCAGGAGAUGUUUGCACAAUGUCACCUAAAGCAGUGCAGUCUGGGGGUGUAAAGGAGUUUAGCACCUGUAGUUUGGAUGACUUUAAAUACUUAGCUUCACAAGCUGGCUUUGAAUGUCUUCAGAAAAUCCUUCCUGAAAUGCCAGUUUAUAAAGAAGCACAAAGGAAAGUAUGUGGCAAUGGAAAAUUGGAACAUGGUGAAGAGUGUGAUUGUGGCAUUAUAGAGAAUUGUACACAUAAAGACUGCUGUGAUGCUAGAAUAUGUCUAAUGAAAAAGGGUAAACAAUGUGGUUCUGGGGAAUGCUGUACACUAGAUUGCAAGCUGAAACCAGUUGGUAUACAGUGUAGGAAAUCUUUGGACGAAUGCGAUUUCCCUGAGUAUUGCAAUGGGGUUUCCUCACACUGUGUGCCUGACACUUACGCACGUGAUGGACAAAGUUGUGAUUCAGGUGAUGCCUACUGUUUUGGAGGACGAUGUCGGAUACAUAACAAACAGUGUAAAGAUUUGAUUGGAGGAGCUUCUAGAGGUGGUCCAUUUGCUUGUUAUGAUGAAGUAAAUACAAGAGGAGAUAGAUAUGGAAACUGUGGUCGAGAUUUUUGCAGUAAUCCUAAUCUUCUAUGUGGAAAAUUAGUUUGUGCCUGGCCACAUAAAACAUUAAUAUCACGUGCAAAUUUGUCAGUGAUUUAUACACAUGUCCAAGAUGAAAUAUGUGUAUCUACAUUUCGACCCAAUGAAAACAUACCUAAAAAUUCAUGGACAACAUAUGAAAAUCCUGAAGAUAGAGAUGAUACAUUUGUACAAGAUGGCACUGUGUGUGGUCCUGAGAUGUAUUGUGUCAAAUUUGUGUGUGUAAAAGUUCAAUACCAGAUAACAGAUGAGGAGUGCAACUCUACUUAUUGCAAUAGCCACGGAGUUUGCAACAAUUUAAAUCAUUGCCAGUGUGAAAAGGGGUUUGAUCCUCCUACAUGCCUGCAGAAGAAGGGAGAAUUUGGAAGUAUUGAUGAUGGGCACAAGGCUCCAUCUGUGAUUCUUCCUGGGGCCCUGUACCCAGACAAAGAUGAGGCCUGGACUCAACAAGGGAGAAGCUCUUGUGAUGUCAAAUGCGUUUUGGAGCAUACAGAUGAGAGGCAAGGAAAAAGCUACUUGAGGGAACAAAAUACCACUCCUUCAAAACACCGAUUACUACUCAUUUUCUACAUUUCUCUACCUGUGCUCAUCAUCACUGCCACUGUUUUAAUAAAACAAAAUAAUAUAAGGGAGCUGUGCUACAGAGAGGAAACUGAAAGUGAGAGAUCUGUGUCAGAAGAAAGCAGCAGUAACAGCACGUUAUCCCCCAGUGUAAGCAACAGUCUCUAACAACUUUGGCCUGGAAGAAGGACAUUGCCAAAUAAAUCAUCAGAAACUGACCUAUACCAUGAAGGGAAAGAUAAUUUCACCCUCAUCUCUGUUGUUACUGCUGAGUGUUCAAAAUAUGAAAUAAUAAAUCAUCUGCACUUGAA